AUGGUGCCGGAGGCAUGGGCCUCCCGCACGACGGCGGUGGAGGUGGUUCCCUCCCGCUCGGCGUCGGUGUUGCUGCUCCCGUCGUGGUUUUGUGUUGUUUGCCUGCUUCUCGCUCUCGGGGUAGGUCCCUGCGUCCAUCUUGCCUUCGGCGUUGAGGUUGGUGAUAGAUACUUUUCUGAUGUUAACUGUGGAAAUAGAUCCUUCGUUGCUGUUGGUCGUGGCCUUUAUGCUUGGAGUGGGGAUCAUAGGAUUUUUAUGCACGAGAUGAGAUUCUCAUGGGGUUACUGGCCACAAAUAGGCGAGGAGCUUCGGUAAGGUUGCUCACCAAUGAGCUGGAAAUGUUUUUGUCCUGGGUACUUGCAUGAUUGAAGAAGAAAUUGGGUAUUCCUAAAUGUGCUAUUGCAGAUCAAAGGUGAACUCAUCCCAUUUUCUUACUUCAAUCUCAGGUGAAGAUUCUCCUGUUCACUAAAAUUCACUUUUAUGUAAUUAUUUUAUUGAUCCAUGGCAUCGGCCAUCCUUUGUCUGAAUAUUUAGCUUGC